CACGACCACCACCACCAUACAUCGGCCACCACGAGGUAGACGAGACUACUAGCUGUCCAGCCCACCCGAAUUCAGGUUGUUGGUAGCAGGUUGCCUAUCAGCUAAGCGCGUAUGGACAGCCUCAAUUGUGUUUAAGCGAUACAGAAAUUACUGCCAUGCUUAUUCUCGUCUACUGAGCGCUACGACGCGAUACCACAUAAUGGAUGUCACGCCUAGCUCACCCAAUGGCUCAGCUCACGCCACUUCGCAGGAGGCACCGGACGUUUAUAAUGAGCGAAAUAUGGCGCCACGCUAUGAAAUUUCGCAGAGGAUGAUAUCAGCAAUAGAAGUUCCAGCCAAUGUUCAAAACGCCGACCGUGCCAUCCAGGCUCUAGGUAGAGCUUCCAAUCUAAGUCAUGUUCUAGAUCCAUCACGCUAUUCAAUACCUCUGUACUUAAACCCGGAUGACCCAUUCUGUAGCCCCAUUCUAUCUCACAACGCUCCUUCACAUAACGUUGUGCUAAAGGUUACGGUUCCCAAGCGCACUGGUCGCCGGCGGAAGCGAGGUUCAGCUGGACUGUGGCAAACCUACACGAGUAACAUGCCCGAAUCCGAUUCAUCUUCACAAGUCUGUUCAAUUGCUCAACUGGAUUCGCCGGCAUUGCUCAAACAAAAACUCGGUGAUACGAUAGGAAAGCAUACGGUAGAGGCUGUUGGGAUCAUUGACAAUACGCAUCGAUUUCGCGGCUUAGCCGACUUCAUUUGGAAUAUGUCCGGUUCAAAAUUUACACAAGAGUUCAAAAACAAAGCCCUUUCGGGAGAUGCUGCCAAACUUCGAGACUUCCACUUCCAACCAGGGAUUGAUCAUGGGCCCAACGCCGAUAUCAUCCCGCCUCCGAUAUUCACACAUAUGAAUCUCCCUUUUAAUUAUCAAUAUUCACAAAACCCAUACGUACGCGCUACUGAAGGCGGUGGUACAGUUAAUCUAACAGCCGUAAAGCAAGUUGGAUACUUCAUUCGAGCCGACGAAGAAGCGCCCACCGGUCCACAGCAUCCGCCCGACAUGACUGAUCCAAGAACAGUCGAGGUCAUAGCCCAAUUGGAGGAAGCAUUUGAAGAACGUCCAGUGUGGACCAGGCGUUCACUGCUAAACCACAUGAGGGGAAGGCUGGAAAAUUGGAAUGAGCUGAAAAAGUACCUCAACUAUGCAGCAUACCAGUUCAAAGGCGGGCCGUGGAGAGACGGCGUCGUACCAUAUGGUAUUGACCCUAGAACAGACCCGAAGUAUCGCAUCUAUCAAACUCUCAUGUUCAAACUGCACACACAGAGAACAACACAUGCAGGACAGACUUGGCAGUCAUUACGCCGAGAUCAAGACGCCAAAGCGAGCGAAGCUGGUGCAAAUACCCACGUGUUUGACGGCGAUGCCUAUCAUACGGAUGGCAAAGUGUGGCAAGUUUGUGAUAUCACUGAUCCUCUGCUUAGAGAGCUCUUACAAGACGCCGCUGUGCGCGAGACUUGCGAUGUGAGCAGUGGCUGGUACCAUGGCGGCCGUUGGGCCAAGGUCAAGGCGAUUAUGAAGACAAAACUAGUUGCACUUCAAUUUGGUCGCAUUUUGACAAGGGCUGAUUUUGCUGCAACACUACGAUUUGGAGACAUGACUCCUGCAAGGUCGAAUUCCACAAAUUUCAACAUUCCCCUGCCAGAUCUACACCUCACCAAAGAAGAACUCACAAUCCUCCAUGGACGAGAGCCACCCAAGAAAAGGAGCCAAGGAUACAACAUCCGUCUUCGAACCAAACUGGAGACAUCAAUGGCAGUAGACUCAUCGUCACUUGCCUCCGCAAACACUGCCCAAUUAAUAGAUGCCACAAAUAUAGAAGAGAACGACUCCGAGAUGGAAGGCGAUGAGCAAGAUAAUGAUGAUCAUGCCGAUAUGAUGGAUGACGAUACUGCCAUGUAUACAGAUGAUUAUGGAGACCAAUAGUCAGAUAUAAUUAA